AUGGUUAACGUCUUUAACGUGCAAAUUUUCUUUGUGGUGUUCAGAGAAUCCUUGGAGGCCGUCAUUGUGGUGUCGGUCCUCUUGGCCUUCUUGAAGCAAGGUCUCGGUGGUGCCACUGAGGACCCUGUGGUUUACAAGAAGCUUAAUCGACAAGUUUGGAUAGGAGCGAUACUGGGUGUUCUUUUAUGUUUGAUUCUUGGUGGUGCAUUCAUUGGUGCUUUCUACUCUUUGGGCAAGGACAUCUGGUCCAAGUCGGAAGACUUGUGGGAAGGUAUUUUCUGUAUCAUUGCAACCGUUUUGAUUUCUUUGAUGGGUCUUGCCAUGUUGAGAAUCAACAAGAUGAAGGAGAAGUGGAGAGUGAAGUUGGCCCAGGCUCUCGUCAAACAGCCAAAGGGUAAGGGUCGUUUUGGUCUUGGUCACUGGGCCAAGAAGUACGCUAUGUUUGUUUUGCCGUUCAUUACCACCUUGAGAGAAGGUUUGGAGGCAGUUGUCUUCGUUGGUGGUGUUGGUUUGAACUCUCCAGCUUCCUCUUUCCCAAUUCCAGUUAUUGUUGGUUUGAUUUGUGGUAUCCUUGUCGGUGUUUUGUUGUACUACUUCGGAUCCAGUGUUUCCCUUCAGAUCUUCUUGAUCAUCUCCACCUGUAUCUUGUACUUGAUCGCUGCUGGUUUGUUCUCUAGAGGUGUCUGGUACUUUGAAAGUUACAAGUACAACAAGGCCACUGGUGGUGAUGCUUCAGAGAACGGUUCUGGUCCAGGUACUUACGAUAUCUCCAAGUCUGUGUGGCACGUCAACUGCUGCAACCCAGAGACCGACAACGGUUGGGAUGUGUUCAACGCUUUGUUGGGAUGGCAAAACUCUGCUACUUACGGUUCUGUUAUUUCUUACAACGUCUACUGGAUUGCUGUCAUCCUUGCCAUUUACUUGUUGUGGUUCGAGGAGCGUAACGGCCACUUGCCAUUCACCAAGAACCUUGUCUUGGCUGAAUUGAACCCAAUGUACCACAUCAAGGGUAAGAAGAAGCACAACUUGACCAAGAAGGAGCAGGAAGACUUGUUCGAGCAAGUCAAGCAUGCCAAUGUUGGAGCUGAAGAAGCCGACAACUCCUCUGAUUCUAUCACUCACAAAAACGAGAAGACCGUUGAAGCCAAAUAA